AUGAGCGGCAGGAAGAGUGGCGCUCCCUUGUUAUGGCUCGCCGUGUGCUUCGGGAGCGCGCUCGAGGCCGCGGCACUGGGCUCGCGCGCCGUGUGGCGGAACGGCUCGGCGGUGCUCGUGCCGGACUACAUGCUCACUCUGUACAGGACGCAGUCGCAGCUCGAGCGCACGGGCAGCUACGGGAGCGCGACGCGCGCGAGGAGACGCGCCAACACAGUCACCAGCUUCGUGGACCAGAGCAAAGAUGAGCCAUCAGCUGAGUCCCACCAGCAGUACAUAUUUGACCUUUCGGGUCUCUCAAGGACAGAAGAACUAGUGGAGGCUGAGCUGCGGGUGUUGCGGAAGCUGCCGUCUGACUUGGAGAAAUUACGGUCCUGUGCAGGAAACCUGUACCACCUACUCCUUUAUAGCUGCUCCUCUCGGGGCUCAUCAGGCAAGCCUCUACUGCUCACUUCUAGGACAAUCGACAUUCUGGAUACCACCUUGAGUACUUGGGAUGUGUUUAACAUUGGGACUACUCUAAAAGCCCACUACAGGGUGCACAGGACAACUCAAGAGAGCAGAUAUGUAUGUUUCAGCAUAGCUGUUAUUUCAGACUUAACAAAUGAAAUGAUCUCCCCUUCUUUGGUCGGUUUGGGUUCAGAGGGGCAGCAGAAGAACGAGAAGGCUUUGCUUGUAGCCUUUUCCCGCACUCGCAGGAAAGAGAAUCUAUUCAGAGAGAUCCGUGAGAAGAUGAAAGCCAUGCACAUGUUUGAUCGGAGCUCUGAGGGUCGUGGUAGACCCAGGCGCCGCCAGAAGAGGAGAACUGCCUUAGCAGGCCGCUCUGCUGGAGCAGGAACAGCAGGUGGUGGUGGGGCCACUGGGGGAGGUGGAACAGGUGGAGGGGGCAAAGGAGGUGGCAGACGGAGGACUCGCUGCAGCCGCAAACCGCUCCAUGUGAACUUUAAAGAGCUGGGAUGGGAUGACUGGAUCAUUGCGCCGCUGGACUACGAUGCAUACCACUGCGAAGGUGCAUGUGACUUCCCACUGCGUUCGCACCUCGAACCCACCAACCACGCCAUCAUCCAGACGCUCAUGAACUCCAUGGAUCCAGAGUCAACACCGCCCAGCUGCUGUGUACCUUCCAAACUCAGCCCUAUAAGCAUCUUGUACAUUGACGCUGGGAAUAAUGUGGUAUAUAAGCAGUAUGAGGAUAUGGUAGUGGAAAGCUGUGGCUGCAGGUAG